UGAAAGGCCGGUCGGAUGUCGAGAUUCCAAAACAAUUCGACGCGAGACGCGACACAAGCAACAUCGUAACGUUCCGGUGCAAGAGUGCAAGAAGUGACUAUUUUUUGGUGAUUGUGUGAUUUCCGUUUACACGGAUUCCGAUACGAUAAAAUGGUUCGCAGUUUGGCACAGUGGACAAAGACAUUGAGUUUCCCAGCCAGGAUUAGCCCCAAUAAGGGUUCAAAGGAUAACAUUAAUAUUCACCAGAUCAGUCCGACCAUCACCCCCACACCCAGCAACAAUUCGUUGACCAAGAACAACGAGAUGAACACCAUCAUGAACAACAACAUGAGUGAGGUCAGCCAAAUCUAUCCCGAUCCCGAGUCCGAGAAGGCGAUUAUGAGCUCAGUUGUCUACUGCAUCCAUCACAAAGAAGGAUGCAAGUGGUCCGAUGAAUUAAGAAAACUCAAGGGUCAUUUAAAUACGUGCAAACAUGAUGCCAUACCGUGCACCAGCAAAUGCGGCGCCCAAAUCCCCAGGGUUCUCAUGGAGGACCAUCUGAAAUACACAUGCCCACAAAGAAGAACCAGAUGCGAAUUUUGCAAUAAAGAAUUCACCGGUCACACCUUGGAGAACCACGUCGGAAACUGCGGCUACGAACCGUUGUACUGUGAAAAUAAGUGCGGUGUCAAAGUCCACCGCAGACAUUUGAGCCAACACAAGGCCGGGGACUGUGUGAAAAGACUCCUGCCUUGCAGAUAUUGCAGCAAGGAAUUCGUGGCCGACACUCUGGCCGCCCACCACUUGAAGUGCGGCCGCGUUCCCGUCUCUUGUCCCAACAGAUGCGACGUCAACGUCCUGGCCAGAGAGGAACUGGAGGCGCACCUGAAGGAGGAAUGCACGGUCUCGGUGCUCGCCUGUAGUUUCAAAGAGGCGGGCUGCAGAUUCAAGGGACCCAGAUACAACAUGGAGAAGCACUUGGAGGAGAACUGCCAGCAACAUCUCACUUUGAUGUGCAGCAUGGUGUCCAAGCAGCAGCAUCAGAUUACGUCGUUGAAGAGUGCGCUCUCUAGAUUGUCCUUGAACUAUUCGGGAACUCUGAUCUGGAAGAUCAGCGAUUUCUCCGCGAAAAUGGCCGAGGCCAAGAACAAGGAAGGCAUGGAAUUGGUGUCUCCUCCGUUUUAUACUAGUCAAUAUGGAUACAAAUUACAGGCUUCUCUAUUUCCAAAUGGAAACGGAGCCGGUGAAAAUUCCCACAUCUCCGUCUACAUCAAAAUCUUACCAGGGGAGUACGACGCUCUUCUAAGAUGGCCUUUUGCCCAUUCAGUGUCCUUUACACUGUUUGACCAAUCGACUUGUCCGGAGAAAGCUUGCAAUAUCGUGGAGAGCUUCAUUCCAGAUCCAACAUGGAAGAAUUUCCAGAGACCCAGCAAAGAACCAGAUUCCUUGGGAUUCGGGUUCCCCAAGUUCGUCUCGCAUGAGAUGCUCAAAAAGAGACACUUCAUGAAGGAUGACACAAUGUUCAUUAGAGUUAAAGUCGAUCCCAGCAAAAUUGUGGCCGUUUAGGCUAUUUGUUUUUGUUUGUUUUUUUUUUAUUUUUAAAAAAUUGUUUUUGUUUUGAUCUCAUAAUGUACAAAGUGUAUAUAAUUAUAAAUAUUUAUAUUCAAUUUGAUUUUAUGUUUAAGACUGUAUAUUUUGGCACCUAUAAAUACUACUUAAAAGUUCAUUUACUUCGGGAUAAUGUGGGUUUGUGUAACCUAACAAAGUGGCUUUAUAACCUAACUUUUAAAGUUUGCAGAUCUCCAAGAGAUCAUCAUAAGAAAUUAGUUUUAAUUUUGGACGCGUCUGAAUUUCUGUUUAUUUUGUAUAUAUAGAAUAUUAAAAGUUUUACAAUGGAAACUUUUAAUAUUUACGACUAGUUAGGUUUCUCAGGAAUGAACAUCUUUGGGACUUGUAUGUAUUUUUGUGAUAGCUGGAAAACACCAAAGUUCUGUUUAUACAGUUUUGUUUGUAUAUAUAACUUUAGAGGAAGAAUUAUUUUUAAGUCAUACUUAGUCAAUUAGGUUUAAUUUUGUACUUUAUUAAUGCGAAGUUAAGCAAUAAAUA